ACAACAAAAAAAAGAGGGGGGAGGUAAGUAAUUAUUUAGGGGGAAGAAAGAAAGAAACAAAGUUGUCGACCGUGCAAUGCGGGGAGGGAUUUUAUUUAUCUCGAGCGACUCGUUUAGCCCAGCACCGGUCUGUUGGGAUGUAACUGUAACGGAGCACCGGAUUUCCUUCUUCUUCUUCUUCUUCUCCAAACUUUUUCCGCUACUAUUUCGCCGAGUCCCGGGCAGGAAAAAAAAACGGGAAUGAUAAAAAGCAACCGAGCGCAGGCGGACGGACGGACGGACGGACUGAGGAGAGGUUAAGCUUAGUGUGUUUUCCUUUUUGAGUUAGUAGUUGUUUUGUUUGAAUGUGUGUGUGUAAACUUUACGAGCUCGUUUCGCCCUGAGAUGAAUGGCAGAAGUCGGGUGAGUCGACUGAUCUGUGCGCACACGGAUUUAUUUUCUUGUCUACACUGGACCCACAUGAAGGGGCGAUAGGCUGCAUCCCGCUGAACCUCUCCGCUUUGUGUUGUUUUAAAAAAAAAAAAAAAAAAAAGACAAAAAACAAUUCAAACGGAGACACACACACACACACACAUACACACACACACAUACCGCACUGGAUAAACCACCACAUCAACUCUUAACUGAAGAGCAAAUUCAGACUGUUUUUAAACUACAAGAGAGAGAAGAUGCAGAUGUGGAGCCACAUGAGGGUCCACAAAGGAGGCCCUCCACGACCAUAGGUCACGCCGAAGUGUCCUGGAUGUGUAUAUUUUGUCCUGUUUCCUGGCUGGAUUGACUUGAACUAGUUGUCUUUAUAACUAAUCCAAUGGAUUCUACCUGUGCCUGUGGGUCUUCCACAUGAGGGCCAACCAGAUGACUCAGAGGACUUAGGUCAUGUAACCACCCUGAAAUGUCUUAAAGGGUUUUAUUUAUCUGUUUUGUAUUUAUUGUGUGUGUGUAUAUAUAGGGGGUCCUUUUUUUUUUUUUUUUUUUUAUAGUCCUAGUUUCAAGGCCAGUUUUUAAUUUCUUUGUAAGGAUUUUGAAAGCUGCCAUCUCAUCUGUCGUAGUGAAAACUGUUUUUUACUUGAGCAUCUUUGUUCUGCUGUGUAUAUAUAUAUAUAUAUAUAUAUAUAUAUAUAUAUAUAUAUAUACCUACCCACACUGUAUUUGAGCAACAUUCAACUGUUAACUUAAAGGGGGGAGCUGUGGGACUUUGCCCAGACAGGUAACAACACGAGAAGGCUUCACCAUGGACAGGCCGAUAAGCAAGUUAUUGGAGAAGUUAAAGCUAACGGACUCGGGCAGUGUGAAAUUCAACAGUUCAAAGAAAAAACACGACUCUGCCAACAACUCUAAUAACAGCAACGCCAACACUGGCAUCUCCGGAGGCAGCGGUCUGCCACCAGCUCCCAGCUCUGCAGCUGCCUCGCCCUCAAGACCCGGCCAGUUCUCGCUUGCCUCUGCAACCACAAGCGAUGCAUGUGUUCCAGCGAAUGGGAGAGGAGGAGGUGGAGGUGGAGGGAUGGGAAUGCCUCCCUCUCAGCACCUCACCCCACCGCCGUCUUCCUCCACGGUGGGUGCCAUACCACCAGAUGGUGAGCAGCAACUUCACCCUUCCACCUUGGCACCGCUGAGGCGUCGCUCGCCCCAGCAGAGAGCUUCCUGUUACCUGGGCGAGGGCGUGGAUUCCCACCUGAGGCGUGAGUCUGGCCUGGGCCCCGAGUGUGACCCCAUGGGAGCGUUUGGCUCCAAGGCGUCCCUCAAUCAGCGGCGCUACUCCCUGGAGCUUCAGCAGCUGGUGAGGCGGCAGCAGCUCCUCUCCCAGCCGCCGCCUCUCUCUGUCCCCCCGCCGUACUCUGCCGCCGCGGGAUAUGGGUCAGCUCCCAGAGGAGGUGGAGGCGGCCUGGCAGAGCCUGGCUACCUCUCAGAGCCCGAGAGGCACAAACGCCUCUCCCUCCAGGAGGCUCUGUUUUACAAACGCCUCAGCACAGGCAGUGAACUGUGGGAGAGCACGAGGCCUGCGUCCCUCUCUCAUCCACCACAUCGCACAUCUGAUGUGACCGGAGGAGGUGUUGGAGGAGGUUUCUUUUAUCCCCCAGGACCGACUCUAAGCCCAUGCUCUUCAUUCAGCCUCCAGGAGUCGGUGCUGGUCAGCCCGAGGUCCAGCUUUGCCUCCAGCACGGCCAGCGGCGGCGGCGGAGGGAGCCCCAUGGGGAGCCGCUGCAGCAGCAACCGAACCAGCGGCAUCAGCCUGGGCUACGACUCUCGCUACUCGGCCUCUGGAGGCCUCCCUCCACAGCAGCAGUCGCCCUCCAUGCAGACAGGCGGCUCUGCAGUCGGUUAUGGAGCUCCAGGCAGGGCCGGGGUCACCCCAGUGGAGGCCUGGACUCAAUACCUGGACGGUGGGAUGCGUCCGGGGGCCCACGAUAGCCGACACUCCUACCCACCUGCUGUUGGAAGUCCGGGAGCAGCGUGCUACCAGGCUGGCCCAGAGUGGUGGGACGAGCAGCAGGCGGGAGUGAGAGGCAAAGACGGAGGUGUGAUGGGAGACAGGGCCCGGUACUCGGACCUGCCCGGCACCCGAUACCAGGAAGAGCUCACCCGACUUCUACUGAGAGACGCAGCGCUGCAAGGUGACGGGCUCCUGGAGGGCCUGAUGCUGAAGGAGUCCAUGGCCCUGACGGCUCUUUCCAAACCGAGCACGACAACAAUGGGGCCUUGCUCAGCCGGAGGGCCGGUCAAACCUCAGGAGGACCCCGGAGUCGGAGCUGGGAGGGAGGCCACGGAGAACCGCCAGGAGUUCUUUGGAACCUGUGUGAAGUGUGGGAAAGGCGUGUACGGGGCAGAUAAUGCCUGCCAGGCUCUGGAUAGCCUCUAUCACACACGCUGCUUCACCUGUGUGUCCUGUGGACGCACCCUGAGAAACAAGGACUUCUACAAUGUCAGUGGCUCUGUGUACUGUAAAGAGGAUUACAUGUUUUCGGGAUUCCAGGCUGCUGCUGAGAAGUGUAAUGUGUGUGGCCACCUUAUUCUUGAACAGAUCCUGCAGGCUCUUGGGAACUCGUACCAUCCCGGCUGUUUUCGCUGUGUGGUGUGCUCCAAGGCUCUGGAUGGGGUGCCUUUCACUGUGGACCACCACAGCAACAUCUACUGCGUGGCAGACUACAACAAGACUUUUGCCCCGAAGUGCGCUGCCUGUUUACAACCCAUCUUACCUACUGAGGGCAGUGAAGAGAUCCUCAGGGUCGUGUCUAUGAACAAGGACUAUCACUUUGAGUGCUACCACUGUGAGGAGUGUGGCAAGCAGCUCUCCGAUAAGCCUGGCUCGCAGUGCUUCCCUCUGGACUCUCAUCUCCUCUGCCACACCUGUCACAUGAGCAGAGUGUGCUCCACACACAACAUUCCCCCUCACAACACACACUGAUCAGCGCCUAUGCAGCUGUAGAUGUUGUGAAAAAGCUGGUCUUAACAUGCUGUCGUUCUCUCGUGUGCUUGUGCUCAGUCUUUUUUUUUUUUUUUUCCAAGAUGAAACUGCUGAUAUUAAGACAUUUCUACUGAUUCCUUUUAGUCUUUGACUUGGAUCAGUCCCCUUUGUCACAUGUACUGCCUGCUGUACUUCUUGUACUAUUACUGUACCAUAGUUAUAAGGGAAUGGGAAAGAAACUACUGCUUUUUUUACCCCAAUGUGGCUACUGUUUGCUGUAGAAGAACAAGGGAUUUUUGCUAAACUGUUUUGUACAUAUAUUAUCGCUAGCAAACAUUUUGCACUUAAAUUUGACUUUACUGUAAGAUUUGUUACGUGAAUCUGUACAAUUUUGGGGGAAAAACAUUACUGUAAUUUCUGUAUGUUGUAAUAAAUAUUUUCAUUUGUGUUCAGACAA